AUGCUCACGGUAUCUUUGGUUGAACUCUUCAUUCCGGCUGUCUUCCAUGGACAGUGGCUGCAGGCAUCUCUGUCUGGCCUCUUUGGAUUUCUUAGCUUCGUGAUGCUGAGGAGAUUAGUGAGUGAGCCCGAGAUGGUUUGUAGCGGAAAGAAGGAUGAGGACCUUUGUGCGGACCCAGAGAAGGGCCAUGCCCGCGAUCCUCCUCCUACUGAAGCGAAAGUGAGGCAGUGGCGUUUGGCGUUUCUUAUGAUGCUCGCGCUCACUGCGCACAACUUUCCGGAGGGACUGGCAGUUGGAGUGUCAUCCCUGCAAAGUGAACACCUGGGAGUUGUUGUGAUGGCAGCUAUUGCUGUGCACAACAUUCCCGAAGGUAUUGCCAUUGCUAUGCCAGUCUUGGAGGCAACCAAUGAUCGCGGAAAGGCCAUGAUGAUGGCCACGCUUUCGGGCCUAGCUGAGCCGUUAGGAGCGUUUAUUGCAGUGACUCUGCUUCCUCCUGGAGCGCUUGCUGGCCCAGGCAUGGACAUCUUGCUCUGCGUGGUGGGUGGCAUCAUGACCUCAGUUGCCUGCUUGGAACUUGUGCUAGAGGCACUGGCUCAGCGUCAAAGUUGGAGUACCUUCUGGGGUGUUCUGACGGGUGCCCUGAUCAUGCUCCUCACACAUGAACUAGCUUGA